AGUCACGCUUCGCGCUCCUUCUAGACCACACGGCUUAUUGACUGCUUGGAGAUGUCUCGCUAUUUGUUGUCAAGACAAGUGUUUAAUAAGUUUUUAAAUUUGAAGCCUUUGUGCUCUCUCUACUCAUCUAGUCCCAAGGGACAUGUUGUUGGCAUAGAUCUUGGAACAACAAACUCAUGUGUUGCAGUUAUGGAGGGAAAACAGCCUAAAGUUUUGGAAAAUUCGGAAGGCUGUCGCACUACUCCAUCAGUAGUGGCGUUUACAAGUGAUGGGGAAAGACUUGUGGGUGCACCUGCCAAGAGACAAGCUGUUACUAACUCAGCAAACACGUUUUCUGCAACCAAACGUCUCAUAGGGAGACGCUAUGACGAUCCAGAAGUACAAAAGGACAUGAAGAACUCUGCGUUCAAAAUUAUUAAGGCUUCCAAUGGAGAUGCCUGGCUAGAAGCUCAUGGAAAAGCUUAUUCACCCAGCCAGAUAGGUGCAUUUGUGUUAAUCAAAAUGAAAGAAACUGCAGAAAGUUAUUUGGGAUCGAAGGUGAAAAAUGUGGUGAUUACUGUCCCUGCUUAUUUUAACGAUUCCCAACGACAGGCAACAAAGGAUGCUGGGAAAAUCGCAGGCAUGGAAGUUUUACGUGUCAUAAAUGAGCCUACUGCUGCAGCUUUAGCUUACGGUUUGGAUCGAACAGAUGAUAAAACGAUAGCAGUUUAUGAUCUUGGCGGUGGUACAUUCGAUAUAUCAGUAUUAGAAAUUCAAAAAGGGGUGUUCGAAGUGAAAUCCACCAAUGGAGAUACAUUUUUAGGAGGUGAGGAUUUUGACAAUGAAUUGCUACGCUUUUUAAUUAAGGAAUUUCAACGAGAGCAAGGUAUCGACGUUACUAAAGAUCCAAUGGCGCUUCAGCGUGUUAAAGAAGCCGCAGAAAAAGCUAAAAUUGAGUUAUCAUCUUCCUUGCAAACCGAUAUCAACUUACCUUAUUUAACAAUGGACAAAGCAGGACCCAAACAUAUGCAUUUCAAAUUAACUAGAGCAAAAUUAGAAUAUCUGGUGGAGCCUCUAAUCAAGCGUACAAUCGAACCAUGUAAUAAAGCCUUGAAGGAUGCAGAAGUAAAAGCCUCAGAUAUCAGUGAAAUUAUACUAGUUGGUGGUAUGACCCGAAUGCCCAAGGUCCAAGAGACAGUUGAGAAGAUAUUUGGAAAGACACCUAGUAAAAGUGUCAAUCCAGACGAGGCUGUAGCUAUGGGUGCAGCAAUCCAAGGAGGAGUUCUCGCUGGUGAUGUCACAGACGUGCUAUUACUCGACGUUACUCCUUUAUCACUUGGAAUAGAAACUCUGGGCGGUGUUAUGACUAAGCUUAUAAAUCGAAAUACAACUAUUCCCACAAAAAAAUCGCAAGUGUUCUCUACGGCUGCUGAUGGCCAGACACAGGUUGAAAUUAAAGUAUAUCAGGGUGAGCGUGAAAUGGCAAGCGACAAUAAAUUACUGGGACAGUUCUCUCUGGUGGGAAUACCUCCUGCCCCACGUGGUGUUCCUCAGAUUGAGGUCACAUUUGAUAUCGAUGCCAACGGAAUUGUCAAUGUGGCUGCACGUGACAAAGGGACUGGUAAAGAACAACAGAUUGUCAUACGUUCCGGUGGAGGUUUAAGCAAGGAUGAAAUUGAGAAUAUGGUGCGAAAUGCUGAACAAUAUGCAGAAGUUGACAAAAAGCGUCGAGAUCUUGUGGAAUCAAUAAACCAAGCAGAAGGUAUUGUUCAUGAUACAGAAUCGAAAAUCAAUGAAUACAAAGAUCAGUUACCUGCAGAUGAGAGGGAGAAACUCAGUGUGCUUAUUGAAAAGUUGAAAAGUCGGUUGAGUAACAAGGAUAAUGAAACUGCUGAAAGUAUCAGAGAAGCUACUAACGAACUUCAGCAAGCAUCCCUCAAGUUAUUCGAAGUUGCCUACAGAAAGAUGGCAGGUGAACAGGGAACAAAGACUGACUCUCAAAAUGAGGAAUCAGCCAAACAAGAAAAGCAGUGAUCAACAGUUCGUUGUCAGGAUUUCUUCCUCACAAAUGUAUUUCCUUCAACCUUUUAAUUCUCAGAGUGUGCUUUAUCGGAAAUCAAUUAACAUUUGUUCUGGUGACAAUAACGAUUGUUUGAUUGUAUCUUUUUAAUUAUUAGUUCCUUUAGAACUCGUCACUUGCAAUAUUCUUAAAAUUAUGUACAUAUUUUAAAAUGUCAUCAAUAAAAUUUAUUUCGGUUUAUCACC